AUCACACUGAGAAGUGCUCCACUAUGCCCGACUCACCUGCGGAUGUGAAAACACUAUCCAGGUUAACUCCAACCACCAUGCCUCCUCCUCCUCCAACCACCCAGGGAGCCCCUCGAACCAGCUCCUUCACACCUACUACAUUAACCAACGGCAACAACAGCCACUCCCCCACAGCAUUAAAUGGAGCUCCCUCGCCACCCAACGGCUUCAGCAACGGGCCUAGCUCCUCAUCUUCCUCGCUGGCGAAUCAGCUGCUCCCUCUUGCGUGCGGUGCCCGGCAGCUCAGCAAGCUGAAACGCUUCCUCACAACUCUACAGCAGUUCGGCAACGACAUCUCACCCGAGAUCGGAGAACGCGUCCGCAUGCUGGUGCUGGGGCUGGUG